UUAAAUAUAAACUUUUUUUUUUUUUUUAGCAACAUGUGCUCUUCUCUUCAAUGCAAUGGACGUCCGGUACUGGAGAUGCGUGAUGAAAAGGAGCGGACAAUGUCCAGAUGAAGACAUUAAAUUCUUUUUGUACACUCCAAAGAGCAGGUAUCGGAAGGAAAUCGACAUAAGAAGCAACGUACCAUUGAGGUACAGUGGAUGGAACCCUGAGAAGAAGAACGUUAUAAUAAUCCAUGGAUUCAACGGCACAGAGAGCAAAGUACCCAUGACCUAUAUCAGGGAUGCAUAUAUCCGACGAGGGGACUACAACGUGUUCACAGUGGACUGGGAGGGUAUCGGGAGGUUCCCUUGCUACCUCUCCUCGAUCAGCAACACCCGGCUGGUGGCUCAGUGCUCCGCUCAGUUCUACAGCUACCUCACUCACAACGGCGCCACUUCCGAAGACACGAUCUGCGUCGGCCACUCUUUGGGGGCCCACAUCUGCGGGAUGAUGAGCAACCACCUCUCCCACAAGAUGUACAAGAUAAUUGGACUGGAUCCGGCCAGGCCUCUAGUGGAUAGGUACGGCGGUCGCAGCUUCAGGUUGACUCGGGAUGAUGCUCAUGUGGUCCAGGUCAUCCACACCAACGCAGGGCUACUGGGAGAGCUGCCACAGGUUGGCCAUAUCGACUUCUGUGUUAACGGAGGACGGAUGCAGCCUUCCUGCGCUAACGUUGGCAAGAGGAUAAGGCAAGCAAGAUGCAGUCAUUUUAUGAGUGCGUGCUAUCUGGCUGACACCACUGGAGAAAGUGGAAAACAAUUUAGAGGUGUUCCGUGUACAAAAUCAUGUAAACGGAUACCAGGACUGGAGGGGAUUUCAGUUCCUAUGGGCGAGCAUACACCAGAUACAGCGAGAGGAACCUACUGCGUCUCUAUAAGUCAUAUACACUCCUGUCCUUUUGACUAG